AUGCAUCGUCCGAAAACCCUCGCAGCCGGCGAGGCCACCCCUGCGAAGCCCGCGGCGCGUCUGUACGGUGGCACUCCGCAGUCAACCGACCGUCUCAUCAAACCCUUUCGGUGUCCCGGCUCAGCAACAGUAUCCAGUGUCUCUACAAAACCUGCACGGAAGAGGAGGAAGGUCGAUUACUCUGGUGCUGGCGGUGAAGAUGGAGAGAGCGACAAGCCAUAUUCGAAUGAAGACCGAUUAGCUCUCGCCACUCGAGAUGCAAACCGAUUUCCCGUCUUCAAGCCAAAAGACAAAGACACCGCAUUCAGGACCAAGUUCAUCGUACCUCUGGUCAACAAGGAUGUGGGAGCCUAUAAUCCGAAUCGACCAGCGCCACUGCUUGGUAUGCGAACAGGAACCGUCUUUGUUGCGCGACCACUGCACGACCCUAGCGGAGAGUUUGCGAUUGUACUCUACGACCCGACAGUCGACGACAAGCCAGUAGAGAAGGAAGAAGUGGAGCCAAAAUUGAGCCAAACAGAGAAGCAGGAGAUGGAAGCUCCGCUAGUGCACAAGAGUUUGGCCGAGAUACUGGGUUUGAAGAAGAAGGUAGACAAUGAACGGCCACGCGUGCCAGUCGUCAUAGAUCCAAGGCUUGCUAAAGUUCUUCGACCCCAUCAAGUCGAAGGUGUAAAGUUCCUGUACCGCGCGACAACAGGUAUGAUCGAUCCCAAGGCGAACGGAUGUAUCAUGGCAGACGAGAUGGGUCUCGGAAAGACGCUACAGUGCAUCGCUCUCAUGUGGACGCUGCUGAAACAGUCACCCGAUGCUGGCAAGUCGACGAUACAAAAGUGCGUCAUCGCUUGUCCGUCAAGUUUAGUGAGGAAUUGGGCGAACGAGCUUGUCAAAUGGCUUGGAAAGGACGCGGUCACCCCCUUCGCCAUUGACGGCAAGGCAUCGAAAGAGGAGCUUAUCCAGCAAAUACGACAAUGGUCGAUCGCAUCCGGACGCGCAGUUGUCAGACCUGUCCUCAUUGUAUCAUACGAAACCCUGCGCCUCUACGCCGACGAGUUUGGACAAACACCUAUCGGUUUGAUGCUUUGUGAUGAAGGGCAUCGACUGAAGAACGGUGACAGUUUGACAUUUACUGCGCUCAACAACUUGAACGUGCAGAGGCGAGUCAUCCUAUCGGGUACACCCAUUCAGAACGAUCUAUCAGAGUACUUCGCGCUACUCAACUUUGCCAACCCCAACUACCUCGGCACACGUAUGGAGUUCCGCAAGCAAUACGAAAUUCCCAUUCUGAAAGGUCGCGAUGCCAACGGUACAGACGAGGAUGUCAAGAAGGGCACUGAACGGCUCAACGAGCUUCUUGGGUUGGUCAAUAAGUUCAUCAUUCGGCGAACCAACGACAUCCUCUCCAAAUACCUGCCAGUCAAGUAUGAGCACGUCGUAUUCUGCAACCUCGCGCCUUUCCAGAAGGAUCUAUACAACCACUUCAUCAAGUCACCCGACGUCCAGAGUCUCCUCCGUGGCAAGGGUUCACAGCCACUCAAAGUCAUCGGCAUGCUCAAGAAACUCUGCAACCACCCCGACCUUCUCAACCUUCCCGAAGACUUGCCCGGCUGCGAAGACAAGCUACCCGACGACUUCGUGCAAAAGGAUGCGAGAGGCAGAGAUCGUGAAGUCAAGGUCUGGUACUCUGGAAAGAUGGCUGUCCUGGAUCGUAUGCUGGCUCGCAUCCGCGCGGAGACAAACGACAAGAUCGUGCUGAUUUCCAACUACACGCAAACCCUCGACAUCUUCGCCAUGCUCUGUCGGUCCCGCGGUUACGGCUGUUUCCGCCUUGACGGCACAAUGAAUGUGUCUAAACGGCAAAAGCUCGUCGACAAAUUCAACGACCCCGAGUCCCCCGAAUUCGUCUUCCUCCUCUCCUCGAAAGCCGGUGGAUGUGGUCUCAAUCUCAUCGGCGCCAAUCGCCUUGUCCUCUUCGACCCAGAUUGGAAUCCAGCUGCUGAUCAACAAGCACUCGCGCGUGUAUGGCGUGACGGCCAAAAGAAAGAUUGUUUCGUAUACCGCUUCAUCACCACAGGAACCAUUGAAGAAAAGGUCUUCCAGCGCCAAUCCCAUAAACAGGCUUUAUCGAACUGUGUCGUUGAUUCUGCGGAAGAUGUUGAGCGCCACUUCUCUCUCGACUCCCUUCGCGAACUCUUCCAGUAUCGUGACAACACUACGAGCGAUACGCACGAUACUUUCAAGUGCAAGAGGUGUAGGAAGGAAGAUGGAAGGCAGGUCCUUAAGGCGCCGGCUAUGUUGUAUGGUGAUACGAGUACGUGGAAUCAUUUUGUUAACGAUGGGGAGACGGGGCCGUUGGGUAAGAUUCAGGAUUUGUUGCUUAGGCAGGAGACGGCGAACGAUUUGAAGGAUGUUAGUGCUGUGUUUCAGUACAUUAGUCACUGA